CCACUGAGAGGCACUCAGAGGAACAAUUGUCUUAUUAUUCAAGUCUCUGAAUGACGUCUCGCAUCGAAAGGGGGUUGAAAAGUCGGCGCACACAGUGAAUCCCUCGCUGUGACUCAUUCAUUUUGUAUAAAGGCGACCGGUUGCGGAGACUGAGAAAGAGCCGGGGAUUUAAUUAGCUGGUUUUUCUUAGUCCACUGCCUAAUGAACGCACAUUUGCGUUCACGCUAAACGGUUUUUUCCCUUUUCUUUUAAACCCCCCCAUCCCCUCCCUCCCUCCCCCUUCUUUGGAGACUGUGGAGAUGAUAUGCACCCCUGGGAGACAAACACCACAGCCGAGCGAGCCAUUCCUGCGCUCCCGUGGAGUUGUUCUGGGGAAGAAGAAUGUCACCCACUUCUGCCGGUCCUAAGAAGUAUUGAUUUAGAGCGAUAAUUCCUACUACAUGAUACUUAAAUUUCGGGCUUUAGGUUGUGAAGAUAUGUCAGUUCCUCGCAGCGCUUUCAUUGUGUUUCUAUUCGCUCUUUGGAUUUAGCAUAAAUGGACAAAAUUAGGCCAGACAAUUUGCUGCGGAUUUGAGUCUCCUUUUACUGAUACUCUCUCUAACUAAUGGAUGUAGCCUCCCUUCCUGAGAGAGCUAAAUUAUCGUUAGGGGCUUCACUAUUCAACAAGCUUAACCGCUCACUCCUUGCUGUAAAACGAUGGGCGCAGUUCGCCUGAGCCUUCUGCUGCCUCUUGGUUCCUCAGCCCAGCUUGUUGAAUCUCCUCCCUGGUGACAAGAAUGGGUUCGUUUUAACAAACUUCGCAGCCUUUUCUGGUUUUAUCGCAGGAUCGUAGGCUUCAUCCUUCCUAAGCGUUGAUCAUGACUUGUCCCGGUGUACGCGUGAAGCUGGGCUUUAUAUGGAGGGUGUUUUGGCUUAUGAGGACUGUGGUAGAUUUCGCGCAACCUCAGGAGACUUAUGCACCCCAUUCAAUACGGACUGAGGGACACCUGACCCUCGGUGGACUCUUCCCGGUGCAUACCAGAGGAAUCGAUGGUACGCCGUGCGGGGACCUCAAAAAAGAGAACGGCAUCCAGCGGCUUGAGGCCAUGAUGUACGCUUUGGACCAAAUUAACCAGGACGAGCAACUCUUACCCAACAUUACCUUAGGCGCUCGGGUGCUGGACACUUGUUCGAGGGAUACGUACGCGCUAGAGCAAUCAUUAACUUUCGUGCAAGCUCUGAUCACGAAGGACACCUCCGACGUGCGGUGCACUAACGGGGACCCACCGGUGUUUGUCAAGCCUGAAAAAGUGGUGGGAGUCAUCGGAGCCUCGGCGAGUUCAGUAUCGAUUAUGGUUGCCAACAUCCUACGCCUCUUCCAGAUCCCGCAGAUCAGCUAUGCGUCAACAGCUCCGGAGUUGAGUGAUGACAGGCGCUAUGACUUUUUCUCACGGGUGGUUCCACCAGACUCAUUCCAGGCCCAGGCCAUGGUGGACAUUAUCCGAGCACUGGGCUGGAUGUACGUCUCCACCAUCGCCUCAGAGGGAAGCUAUGGAGAAAAGGGAGUGGAGGCCUUCACGCAACUCUCCAAAGAAGCAGGUGGAAUCUGCAUCGCCCAGUCUGUGAAAAUUCCACACAACCCCAAGCUGGAAGAUUACGACAAAACCAUCCAACAACUGCUGGAAACACAGCACUCGAGGGCAGUCAUCAUCUUUGCCAGUGAAGAAGACAUACGGGGAGUUCUCAGUGCCACCAAGAGAGCCAAUCAGGUGGGCCAUUUCCUGUGGAUUGGAUCUGACAGCUGGGGGUCCAAAAGCAGCCCGAUCCACCAGCUUGAGGAUGUAGCAGUGGGAGCAAUCACUAUACUGCCGAAACGCUCAUCCAUUAAAGGGUUUGAUGAAUACUUUACUGCACUCACCCUCGAGAACAAUCGCAGAAAUGUGUGGUUUGCUGAGUUUUGGGAGGAAAACUUUGACUGUAAGCUGCUCAGCGCGUCAAAGAAAGAAGAUACCAGCCGGAAAUGCACAGGCCAGGAGCGCAUCGGGAUCGACUCCAAGUAUGAGCAGGAAGGGAAAGUGCAGUUUGUGAUUGACGCAGUGUACGCCAUGGCCCACGCUCUCCACAACAUGCAUCGAGACUUAUGUCCCGAUCAUCCUGGCGUUUGUCUGCAGUUGGAGGCGGCAGAGGGAAAAACUCUGCUGAGGUACAUACGCAACACCAGCUUCAAUGGCAGCGCCGGCACCUCCGUUGUGUUUAACAAGAACGGCGACGCUCCAGGACGCUAUGACCUGUUCCAGUUCCAGAUGACCAACUCCUCUACCCCAGAGUAUAGAGUGGUAGGGCAGUGGGUGGAGAACCUCCAGCUCAGGCUGGAGGAGCUUCAAUGGCCAGAUGGGGAGCAGGAGGUGCCUAUCUCUGUGUGCAGUCUGCCCUGCAAAACUGGAGAGAGGAAGAAGAAAGUAAAGGGCAUGCCGUGCUGUUGGCACUGUGAGCUCUGUGAUGGCUACCAGUACCAGUAUGACGAAACUUCCUGCAGACUGUGUGCCUACAACAUGAGGCCAGACUCCAACAGAACGAGCUGCCAGCCUAUCCCCAUUGUCAAGCUGGAGUGGCAUUCCCCUUGGGCAGUUAUCCCCGUCUUCCUGGCCAUGCUUGGCAUCAUCGCCACCAUCUUUGUCAUGGCAACUUUCAUACGCUACAAUGACACGCCUAUCGUGCGGGCAUCAGGCAGAGAACUGAGCUACGUCUUGCUAACUGGCAUCUUUUUGUGUUACAUCAUCACCUUCCUCAUGAUUGCCAAGCCUGAUGUAGCUGUGUGUGCCUUCAGGAGGAUCUUUCUGGGCCUGGGCAUGUGCAUCAGCUACGCCGCACUGCUUACCAAGACCAACCGUAUUUAUCGGAUCUUCGAGCAGGGGAAGCAGACAGUCACAGCCCCUCGCUUCAUCAGCCCCACCUCCCAGAUUGCUAUCACUUCCAGUCUAAUCUGUGUGCAGCUGCUGGGGGUGCUGGUGUGGUUUGCUGUUGACCCUCCAAACACCAUCAUCGACUACGAUGAACAGAAAACCAUAAACCCCAUGCUGGCUCGCGGAGUGCUCAAGUGUGACAUCACAGACCUACAGAUAAUCUGCUCAUUGGGUUACAGCAUCCUGCUGAUGGUGACCUGCACUAUCUACGCUAUCAAGACAAGGGAUGUACCAGAAGACUUCAAUGAAGCCAAGCCCAUUGGUUUUACUAUGUACACAACUUGCAUAGUCUGGCUGGCCUUCAUCCCGAUUUUCUUUGGCACAGCCCAGUCAGCGGAGAAGCUGUACAUUCAGACAACCACCCUGACCAUCUCCAUGAACCUCAGUGCCUCAGUAGCACUGGGCAUGCUCUACAUGCCCAAGGUGUACAUCAUUAUCUUCCACCCCGAGCUGAACGUACAGAAGAGGAAGCGCAGCUUCAAGGCUGUGGUGACAGCUGCCACAAUGUCAUCGCGUCUGUCGCAGAAGCCCAAUGAGAGGCCCAAUGGGGAGGCAAAGACCGAGCUGUGUGAGAACCCCGCUGCUGACCCCAUGAGUCAAGCGACAAAGAAAACAUAUAGAUCAACUUGCCUGCUAAAAGGGGGCCACCGUGAAUGAGGACGAAUGCAGAAAGGGACACUGGAUCUGCUUUCAAGAUAUUUUCGUUUGAAAUGUCAUUAAAGCCAUAUUCUCUUGGGGUUCCCAUUAUCUGAUUUCUGUUUGUAUUGUUUCAAAGUGAUUUUUUUUUUCUUCUGUGCCUCUUCUUUCUUGAAGUUGAUUUAAUAACUUUAAACAGCAAGCUCUGCCACAUACAGUAUUUUUUAUUUUAAUGAAAUCAAAUCAGUUUUAGAUGAUUCUUACGUUAGGGUGAUGGGCAUUGUAAGUAUAUAUUUUUUUUGUAAAUAUCUGAGAGUAUUUUCAUGUUUGGAGUACAAUAGAUAUCCAGUCUUUGUUCAGUUGGAUUUGAAUGGUUAUGAAAAGCACCACAAAGUGUUCACUUUGCAUGUGCCAAUGUAUGUUUGUUCUAUUUGAUGUAAACUCGAGAAAAAAAAGAAGAAAAAAAAAAAAAAGAAAAGAAAAAUAAAUUCUGAAAAUAAUAAGCUUCAGCAUCCUUCUGCGGGUUGUUUUUCUUUACCAGAAGUGAACUUCACUGAGUGACAGAAUAUGGCUUUAAUCUGUUGUUGAAUUGACCUUUCCUGUAUCUGCAAAAGCAUGUUCAUUUUAUUUAGUUUCACACUGGGUAUAUUAUGCCUAAUUAUGGUGUGGGGAAACAUUAAUAUCAGAGCAAUCUUGCAAGUAUGU